UCAGCUGAUACAACUUAUUAAAGACAAAAUACAAUUUUAUUAAUCAAGUCGUAAAUAAAAACAUUACUUUAUAUAAACCGGUUAUUGAAUGCACAAUGUUCAGUGAUGCUCUUGAAUUUGCAAUGAAUAUACUCAAAUAUAAAUGUGAAGUGAUAGUUUUCGUAUAAUUCUAACCUAUAAUAAGGAAACAAAACGCGUAUCAGGUUCAAAAAUGUCGGUGGAAGGUGUGAUGGUAUCUUACAAUUAUUCUGACGACGGGGAACUAGCUAAUAUACUGACUGUAGCAGCAUCUGGAAUUAAGUUUUCUAAGCGUUGGGUCCUAACCCACGGGUCUAUUCUCUCACCUCUUAAAGAAGCAAAUAUUAUAAAGAAUGCUAAAGGGAAACCCAUCUUGAAUGAAGAAUUUUAUGACAAACUACCAGAAAUAUACGUGACAUGUGAAAAGAAACAAUCCAAAGUACCAAAUAUUUACGAAGGAGUUGAGAAACUUAGUAGAGAAAGGAAUUUAGAUAAUGACGUUGAUUUUGAACACAGCUGUUACCAGAUUAGAGUUCUAACUGGCAGGAUCUGUCACGUGUGGCAGUGCCCGGUGCUGGAUCGGUGUGUGGACGACGUGCUGUACAGCUGGACGGUAGGUCACCGCGAUGGUGACCUCGAGCGCCAGACGCCGCUCGGCAAGGCGCUGCUCUCAGUCUUCGUGCUCAUAGACUUGGAGAGUGACAAUCGAGGUUUGAAAACACUGCGGCCGCUGUCAGAGUUGCUGGACUUGGUGCGACCGCCACCGGAGCGCGGCGCACUCAUUGAAGUGCAGUCCACGCCUUUCGGAUGCGAGGUGUUCCUGAACGCGGUGACGCGGGGCUCGGUGUGCGGCGUGGUGGGGCGGCGACCCUCCCUGCUCCUCACCGACGCCGCCACCGCGCUCGGCUCUGAGGGUGGGCCCGUCUUCUCUGAAGGUCCCACUAGCGAGCUGGUGGGUGCGGUGGUGUGCAGCGUGUCGUGGUGGCGCGGCGAGUGGGUGGGGCUGACGCUGGCGGCGCCGCUGCGCGCGGUGCUGGCCGCCAAACUGCGUGUGCCCCCCGCACCCCCCGCACCCCCCACACACCUGCCCCGACCCCCCGCCUCAAGAUAUACGGAUACCCUGGAUCGCAUCGACCGCACGACGGUGUUGGUGCGGUGCGGCGCCGCGUGGGGUGCGGGUGUGUACCUCGGCGGGGGGUACGUCGUCACAUGCGCACACGUCGUCAAAAAUCACACAAUAUACAAAGUGUCACUGUACUGUCAAGGUACAAAGGAGACAGCAAUAGUACGGUACAAGACGGCAGACGACAAGGCGUACGACCUCGCGCUGUUGUACAGCAACCCUCAGCACUGGACACAUCUGUUGCCCGCAGUCUUCGCCGAGGAGCCGGCAGAGAAGGGUGAGUCUGUGGUGGCGGCCGGAUACCCGUACUUCAGUGAAGACAACCUGUCGUCUCUGCGGCCAACAGUCACCAGCGGACAUGUCAACAACGCCGCACCCUCCAUGCUGCAGACCUCCUGCUGUGUGCAGUCAGGAUUCAGCGGAGGUCCGAUAUUCCGACUGGGCAAUGUUCGGGCGGAGGUGCUGGGGGUCAUUGUGAGCAAUGCAAAGACGCAGACCGGAGCUUGUUACCCUUACAUCAAUAUGGCGGUGCCAGCGCGCGUCUUCGUCAGACUCCUCAGGAACUUCAUGAUAGAUAGAGAUGAAACAAAACUACGUGAGAUUGAGAGCAAUAAAGAUAUUAUUCAGUCACAAUGGCGGCUGUUACCAUACCGUUCUAAGAUAUGACGUAUUUAAAUUUAUAUUUAAUGUAAAUAUUUAACUGUACAUUUAAAUAAUGUAAUUGAAUCAAGGUGACGGUUUUGAUCCAAGUAGCAUUUAACAAAGAUGUGGCAAAGAAAAAAUCAUAAUACAGGGUUAGUAAAAAAAAUGUUCC